AUGGCAGCCACGGGAAGCAAAGAGCUUUGGCGACCAAUAAAUUCGAGCAAAGAGCUUUACUCCAAGGAAGAGAAGAUCGGAGAGGGCACAUAUGCUCAUGUAUUCAAAGGCAAGAUAAAAGCUACAGGACGAGAGAUUGCCAUCAAAAAGAUCAAGCUGGGACAUGUAAAGAAGCAUUUACUUGACGAAUCUGUGAAUUAUUUAGCUGACAAUCCUUCUCGUCAGUUUCGGGAUGGAGUGAAUAUGAGUGCUAUACGUGAAGUAAAGGCGUUACAGGAGUUACGGCAUCCAAACAUUAUAGAGCUCGUGGAUGUUUACAUGCACAAGGGAAACUUGCACCUCAUUCUCGAGUUCCUGCAAUGUGAUUUGGAAAUGGUCAUCAAGGAUACUACAUUGACAUUCAAACAAGAAGAUGUAAAGAGCUGGAUGCUGAUGAUUACGCGAGGAUUGUAUCAUUGUCAUCGAAACAAUCUCCUACAUCGAGAUAUGAAGCCAAACAAUAUUCUUAUAUCUCCUGAUGGACUUGUCAAGUUGGCUGACUUUGGUUUGACGCGAGAGUUUGGAGAAUGGAAUCGACCCAUGUCUCCACAAGCAGUCACCAGAUGGUACAAGCCGCCAGAACUACUUUUGUCUGCAACAACAUAUGGAAGUGCAGUCGACAUGUGGUCAACAGCAUGUAUAUUCGCAGAGCUAUUCAUUCGAAGUCCCUUCCUCGUAGCAGAGAGAGAUAGUGACAUGGGACAACUCGAUGUGAUUCUGAAAGCUCUUGGUACUCCGACUGUAGAGGAGUGGAAUUACAUGCCAUUGAAUGCGAAUGUCGAACUGCAACUAUUCCCCAAACCAAGGUCCCUUCAACAGUACUUUACAGCUGCUCGACCAGAUGCGAUUGACCUCAUGCGUAAGAUGUUUGAGUUUGAUCCAAACAAGAGGAUAUCUGCUGAAGAAGCAUUACGACACCCAUACUUUACCAACUUGCCACGUCCUACUCCACCUCCCAAGCUUCCGGUCACAACAAAACAAAUCAAGCCCAAUCGAGACGUCUACUUGGGUCCAGAGGCCGUUGCUCCAGAUGCAGGUCCUCGUGGAACGAAAAGAAAACAAUCAGAUGAUGAUGAUCAGGAUGCAAGUAAACGAAGCAAAACACAACCUGCAUGUGCACUUCCACAUAUAUCAGCACAAAAGCAAGCUCAAAAGAAGUCAACGGCAUCAUCUUCAACUAAAAAGAAUGCCACGUCAAAGGGCGAACGUACGAGUAGUGAACCAGUUACCGCCUCAACAAAGACAACUGAAAUAUCACCUACAUCAGCAAGCAGCUCGGCGUCUCCUGUAAACAAUCAUAGAGAGUCCAUAAACCCUUCACCAGAACCAUCUCCUAUAGUUUCCACGCCUCCUAUUGCAUCACAACAAACGACGUCUAUUAAACCACCUAUACUACCAAAAGCAAUGCCAAAUAAUAAUCAGCCAUCAUCGCUAUCUAUACAGCUUCAACACCAAGCCCAGCAACGUCAGACUGCAGCGGGUUCUGCAUCGUCUCUGCACGCAACGUCGCGAGGUGUUACAAAUCAAUACCCGUCACCGAUAAAUGAGCCAAUAUCUCGGCCUUCUCAAAACAUCCCUAUAUCUAGACCACCUACUUUUGCAGAACCGGGACAACAAUCUCGCAUUAAUUCAGUACCUCGCGUUAUAUACAGUGACAUUGAAUACGAUGAUGACAAUGAAGAUCAUGAUGGCCCUGGCGCUAUACUGCCAUCAUCGUUGAAUGAGCUGUUGACACCAUCUGAACAAAUACAGCUGUCACGAUCAGCUGGCAAAACCAGUCUCGAAUCAUAUUUUGGAGGUGCCCAAAUACCCAUGCCAAACAAUGCCAAACGACGUGAUGAGUAUAUAUUAACUGCUCCUGCCUCACCACUACGUAUGAAUUCCGCUCUAGCUUGGUCCGCUGAAAAUGGUCGUCAAACUCUCUUGAAUGCCAGGUCUCUACCGAACGUUUUGGGUCGCUAUUAUCGUGCUGCAGAGAGCGUCCAUGGCGACGAUGUCAGUGAUCUCCCUGACGAUGAACGUAUAGAAGACGACGAUGAACAUCAUGUACCGUUUUUGAUGGAGGAAGAGGAGAUGGUGACGAGCAGCAGGCCACGAAGGAAUGGAUCAAAUUCCAACUUGAGUGGUCUAGCUGGAUCGCCAGUGAUGAAUAAUCGUUUGAGUGGGUUGGCUGGAUCUCCUGGCGGUAGUCGAGCCAAUGGGAUAGGCAUGAACCACAUAAAUGGAAGCAAUAUUUAUCAAGCUAGCAGCAGCUAUGGUAGCAAUGGAUAUGCUAGUAACGGCUAUCAGACUUAUGGUCAGCAAUCUCUUGGAUUAGGCAUAGUACCUGAUAAACCAAACGGCGUGAUGAAUAUAAAUUUGACUGCCCGAAUUCCAUCCGACCAACACGCGCAACUAUCAUAUACGUCUCCUGGAUCAUACUUGGCACCAACUCAACGUGGGCCUCGUAUGAUGUCAUAUUCGUCUGUAGCAAGGACAGGUGUAGAAGAGAAUGUCAUGGGAGCACUACCAGCACGACACGAAACUCAUAUUACUAGACCACAGCAAGAAUUAGAAUUAUUAUGUCCAUUUGCUCAACAAGGAACUUGUCGAUUUGGUGACAAGUGCAAAUAUUUACACGGAUUGCCUUGUCCUGUAUGUCAAAAACUGGUACUACAUCCCCAAGGUUCCUCACAAGAACACACAGAGCAUAUUGCUUCUUGUCAAAGGAAACAGGCUAUAAUCAAUGCUAGGAAUGCUCAAGCUGAUCAUGCGGACGAUUUGGAGUGUGUGAUAUGUUUUGAAGUGAUUAAAAAGAAGAAGGAUCCAAGAUUUGGAUUGAUGAAGUGUCCUCAUCCAGUGUGCUUAGACUGCAUACGGCAAUGGCGUCUGAACGAGGCUAUGGACAAUUCAAAAACUUGUCCAAUAUGUAGAACGGUCACUCAUUUCGUCAUUCCAAGUACAGUAUGGAUUAGUGAUGAAAUGGAAAAGGAGAGAGUCAUUGAGAUAUACCAACAAAAACUGGCAACCAUGGACUGUAAACAUUUCGAUAAUGGACGAGGUCAAUGUCCAUUUGGAAACAGUUGUUUCUAUCGCCAUGCUUAUGCUGACGGCUCGUUAGAGCAAGUCAAAAAAAGAUGGGUCACUGGUGGUGGUGAAGAGGAAUCAAAAAUCGUUGGGCCAACGAGGCUCGCAGAUUUUUUGUCGGAUUACAUGGAACGGGCAUAG